GGGACGUGGGGGAUUCGUUUGUUUGUGGUGGGCUGGAGUAAGGAAAUGUUGAAACUAGUGGAAUCAGAGACUUGGGAAAGGUUAACGUCCAGCUAGUCACUGAGUGAUGGCUCCACCAGGCAAGCGCGCUCCCCGUAGAGAGGAGUUUGCGCUCGAGUUAGCUUGUGAGUGGGGUUCAUGUCAGGAGACCUUUGGUGGGAUGGAGGAGUUCUGCCAGCAUGUGGAAGUUCAUUACCAAGACAUCGCUACAGAGAGCGAAGACCCGGAUAUACCAGAGGAGGUUCACAGCUGCCUAUGGCAGGACUGUGGCUUCUGUUCAGUGGAGUGUGAUGGAGAGUUGCUGAGGCACAUGCUUUUUCACUGCUACCACACCAAGCUGAAGCAGUGGGGGUCAGCAAUGCUCAAAGCUCAUCCAGACAUGGGCAACUGUUCAGUGGGUCUCCAGAACCGCAACAUUGUGCCUGAGGUCCAGGACAGCUUCCUCUGCCUGUGGGAACAUUGUGAGACGAGUAUGGAUAACCCAGAGUGGUACUACAGGCAUGUAGAGAUGCAUGCACAUUGCCUAGAAGCCAAUAAGGAGAACGUACUGUUCUGUGGCUGGAAAGAUUGCGAGGCCUCAUUUAAGGGCCGGUUUAAAUUACGGGAGCACAUGCGGAGUCACACUCAGGAGAAGCUGGUGGCUUGUCCAACCUGCGGUGGAAUGUUUGCCAACAACACCAAGUUCUUCGACCACAUCAGACGACAGACCUCUAUAGAGGGACAAAGGUUUCAGUGCUCUCAUUGCUCAAAGCGCUUUGCCACUGAGAGGCUGCUGAGAGACCACAUGAGGAAUCAUGUAAACCAUUAUAAGUGUCCACUGUGUGACAUGACCUGCCCUUCGCCGUCCUCUCUGAGAAACCACAUCAAAUUUCGCCACAGCAACGAAAAACCCUACAGCUGUGACUACUGUGAAUACAGCUGCAAGAACUUGAUAGAUUUGCGAAAGCAUCUGGAAACGCACAGCAGUGAACCGGCCUAUCACUGUGACUUUGCUGAUUGUGAUUACUCCACCCGCUCGCUGCACUCCAUCAAAAACCACUACAAACGUGUACACGAGGGAGAUUACACUCCACGUUACAAGUGCCAUGUGUGUGAGCAGUGUUUCACCAGAGGGAAUAACCUCACCGCACAUCUACGCAAGAAACACCAGUUCAAAUGGCCUUCAGGGCAUCCCAGGUUCAGAUAUAAGGAGCACGAGGACGGUUUCAUGAGGCUGCAGCUGAUCCGCUACGAGAGCGUGGAAUUGACCGAGCAGCUGAUGCGGGAGCGACAGGGAGAAGGAGACAGCAGUGAAUCUGUUUCUCAAACACAAUGCCUCCAAUCUGUGGAAGAGUCAGGAGAAACUGUGCUCCCUGUAACCGUAGAUGAGAACAACAAGAUGGACACAUCCUCAGAAAUGGAUUUAAAUAGGGAAGAGUCUGUGAUGCGACAAUUACAGGAUACGGCUCAGAAGCUGGGCAUGGAGGUGGUCUAAGACCCCUAGCUUGAAAUUAAAUGAAAUUAAGUCCAGAGCGUCAGGUCUAUUGCUCAUGUCUUAUGCACUAUUAGAACAAAUUGACUUGUUUCUCAGCAGAAUUGUGUGUGUGAUUUUAGCUCAGAGCUGAGGUGGACGAUUCAUUCCUGGACCACUUUUAGCACACUGAACAGUUUUUACGCAACAGUUGCUUUUGGUUUGAUAUUAAAGGUGCAGUCUAUAAAGGGUUUCUAGACCUUCGGUCAUCAUAUCAUUUUAAAAGGACCUUUGUGAUUUCCAUAUUCAUGAUAUUGUCAUGUAAUGGAUAGGUUUUUUUUUUGGUUUCAGGCUUUUGUUUACAUUCAAGCACAAUCUGCUUCUUGAAACUACUCAUUUAAUGUCAAGUGUACUACUGAUUAACUCUGAUAGCUCUAUUCCAAGGAGGAGUGGUUUCUAAUUUGAUUCCAGAGCUGUCUCUAACCAGUGGGAAAAAAGAAGAAAAAGAAAAAGAUGUCUUCUCUGGAGAAUGCAGGGUGGUGACGUCAUUCUUCACACAAAGGUAGCAUUACACAAACAAGGUCUGAUUGUUUUUAUGUGAACAGACAGAAAUCAGACCAUUUCUAUUAAAAUAUGAGAUUGGAAUGAGGACAUGGUAAAAAUGUUCUAAAUUAUGACAACAUUUAUUUGCAUUGCUUUCAUUUGUUUGUUUUGAACUGGAAAAAAAUGUCAAAUGUAAGUGGAUUAUAAAUGGAUUUUUGGCUUUAAUAUAAUGGAUGUCAUAAGUAAGUGCUUCUGUUUCUCCUUUGCUUGUUGUUCAUAGUUUGUUUUAAGGUUAAACUCGUGACCUAACUGUACAUCAGUAAUUACCAGGUAGCUAAUAUCAUAAAGAGGGUAAAUUACUGCUGAUGCCAUGCUGAUAUGGAUCACUGCUGAGGGUAAAAUCACAUGCGAAAUAGGCAGCUAGAAAUGAUCAGGAUUUUUCCAGGUGCUGCAAUAUAAGAAUAUUAUAACCUCCUAAAAUGUGUCUCUGCAAAUGCUGAAUAGGAAGCAGAAUAGGAUUCCAGAGCAUGUAGAAUAGUCCAGGUUGACUCUGAAAUGUACUGCACUGAGCUGUUUCACAUUUGGCUUCAUAAAUAUUUCAUUUCUGGACUCGGUAUGCUGAAGCAAGUAGAAAUAUUUGAAAUACAAAAAGGUUCAAGAAACAAUCAGUUUUUCCUCUUUUUUUCCAUUUCAAAACAAAAAUGAAAGAUUGCAAUGCACAUAAGACUGGUUUACACAUUUGUUGUUAUUGAUAUUGAAAAGCACAAUGUAUAUAGUGGAAAAGCACAAUGUAAAUAGUCGCACAUUUUUUAGCUUAUGCUACGAAAGGCUUCAAAUAUUCAUCUUGUUGGAUUACUGGCUUUUGAUUAUUGUGUUCUAUAAAUUAUUUGUUUUUAAAAAUGAUUUUAUGUUUCGUAUUGACAUGCUGUGUAGUGUAAAACUGACAUUUUUUAUUGAAUUAGUGUGAAGAAUCAUUCUUUGGUUUGUUUCCAUCAGCACAGCCUUGACCCAGUUUAAUCACUCACAAUUAAAGCCUGCAUAUCAAGUGUUCUAAUUUGAACCCGUGACAUUCUCAUUUGAGUCAAUUUGGUAGUAUUUUAUUCACUAUGCAGCAAAUUUUUACGUUCUGUUUACAAUCUAGCUUUAAAUUUCCAGCACAGUUUAAUGUGAUUUGUAAUAAAUCGCAAUGAUAAGUGAA